AUGGCUCGCCACCGAACUGAUGCCGAGGUGAACAUGCAGGCUGUGGCGGCCCUCUGCAACCUCACCUCUCAGCUGGCGGAGAACAAGCGAGCUAUCUGUGAAGCUGGCGGGUUGGAGAUGGCAGUGGCCGCUUUGAUGGCGCACCCGCAGAGCCAGGAGCUGCAGCAGCAGGGCUGCGGGCUGCUCCACAAUUUGGCCUGCGACCCACAACUGCGGCCUCAGGUCAAUGCAGCUGGAGGCUUGCGGGUGGCUGCCGCAGCCAUCGAGCACCCGGUCCGUGCCGUGCAGUCCCUGGCCCUGAUGCUUCAGAGGCAGCUCCAGGCCCGGCAAGAAAUGCCUCCGCAAGCACAGGAAACGCGCAAGCCUGCAAAGACCACAGCCUCGCUGGCCAAAGAUGCCUCGGAUGGCGGCGUGGACGAGCUCUUCGCGCCGCGCACGCACACGGUGCGCGUGGCGCGGAGCAAGGCGCUGACGAGGCCUCAGCGCAAGGUGAUGGCCGACGUCAUGGCAUCGAUGCAGCAGAAUCCUC